GCUCCAGACCAGGCUGGGGCUGAGCACAGAGCCACAGGAGUGUUUUAACAAGGUAAUGAUUAAGCUGAGCGGCUGGCAAGGGCACAGGCGCACAGGCUGCAGAGCCGGGAAGGUGAGCCCCAUUCCCACCUUGCCUCUCCUGGAGUGGUCAGGACUGGUUAGAAAAGGCAUAUAGCCCCUGGGCUCAGGAGCCCUCAGCUGCAGCCACCACCUCCUGCCUGCACACACCUGAGUGGGAAGCAGCUCGGGACCAGAGCCUUUGCUGCAUCUCGGCGCUCACCCUGGCACCAUGAAGCUCCAGGGCUUCUGGACUGGGCUGGAAUAUGCCUGCCGGCUCCUGGGUGUCACCACUGCGGCAGGCAUCCCCCUGCCAGCCAGGGUGCCCAGGGUCAGGAUCUCAGAAGCCAGACGCUUCACCCAGGCUCUCCCACUGGCUCUUAGCCUAGGAUUUCUGAUGCCUGCUAAGUCUCAGAAAGACAGCACAGAAUGUUGAUCGGCGUGGGCACUGAGACCUUCCUCCAGGGGCAGUUCAAAAGUCUGGCAUUCUACCUCCUGUCUAUUGGGGUCGCUGUCUCUGUGUGUGAAGGGGCCUACUUUGUAGCUCAGCUGCUGGACAUCUGCUUCAAGUGUCAGCCAGGGUCCUGGGCCCACAGAGCACGGGACAAGGCCCACUGGCUGGGCUGCUUCCAGAAAUUUCUUGCCUACAUGCUGCUGUCUGUGGCCUGCUUCCUCCAUCCGGUUCUGGUAUGGCAUGUGACGAUCCCAGGCUCCAUGCUCAUUAUUACUGGCCUGGCCUACUUUCUACUGAGCAAGCGGAAAAAGAGCAAGGCUGCCCCCCAUGCGGUAGCCCCCCCAGAGCAGUACUCAGACCCCUCCGGCAGUGUUACUAGUACCACUGGCUCUGGGGACACUGAGCAAACCUACACUUUCCACGGAGCCUUCAAGGAGGGACCCGGCUCCCUGCUCAUCCACAUGAAAAGCAUCCUAAAAGGGACCAGGAAACCCAGCCCCCUGACCCCUCCACAAACUCUUGUAGAACUGACGUUGGAGCCAGAUGAUCUGCUGGCCAGAAAGAAGCAGGUGCAUUUCGAGGACAGUGUGGUGCGAAUCAUCCCAUCCCUGGCUGAAAGUCUGGAUGAGGGAGACAGUGAGCCAGAGGAAACAGCCUCUGAUACGACCCCCAUCAUCCCUCCCCCCCAGGGCCCCCUCCUGUCCUCACUUGUGGGCGCUGAUUUAUUCUGAGUGGCUCCACCAGGGGGCACUGUGCAGAGCUUGCCCAUGUCCCCCCAUCUGGACUUCCUGCCUUCCAUAUGCUCUGCCAGCCACUCAGCUCCAGGCCUUCACUGGUCAGCUCAAGAGAUGACCAGACAUCUCCAUGGAGCAUUGGUGUGCAUAACAUCAAUAGUUCUUCAGACACCUGCAAGAAGGUGGGAAGAGACAGCACGGGGUCUUCACCACCUGGAAUGAGCUCCCACUCAUCCUGCCUGGCUGUGAAGAUGGUGGUCAGGCCUUCCUCAAAGACACUACCAGCCCCCUUUGUACAAGGUGGCAGGUGCCAUUGCUUCAGCCCAAAGAGGGACAGAGGACACCUGCCUACCCAAGCCACUGCACCUCUCUCCCCUGACACAGAGCCCAGACUUUCCAUUUCCCCCUCUGGCUUGACCUUCCAUCCCUAAAAGGCCCAGAGGUGUGUCUCCACAUCCAGUGUUGAGCUGCGGGGGGCGGGGAGGGGGCAGCAGAGCUCAAAGUGACACUGCACAGGGCAGGCCUGACAGGAAGGGCCCGGAAUGCAAGCCCUGGCUGAACAGAGGCCUUACAAAAUGUAAUUAGGAAACCGUGCCCCUCUGUGCUCCUUCCAGAAGCAUCACUGCUGGCUCCCAGAAUCCUCCAUUAUGUGGGCUGCUCCAAAAUUCCAAAGACAAUGUUGUACAUUGAAGGAUGUUGAGGCCUGAUGCCUGUGAUCCUAACUCCUCAGGAGGCUGAAAUCUGAUGAUCGAGUUGUGAGGCCAGCCCAGACAAGAAAGUCCCAAGACUCUUAUCUCCAAUUGACCAAGAAAAAGCCAGAAGUGGAGAUAUGACUCAAGUGGUUGAGCACCAGCUUUGAGUGAUAAGCUAAGAGACAGUGCCAUGGUCCUGAGUUCAAGCCCCAGUAUCAGCAUACACACAAAAAAGGAAGUUGGGACCCUGUGGCCAUCUUCAGCAGGUUCCCAGACACAGCGUGUGGGACUCACGGACGUUGGGACAACAGAAAAGCAUGACACACCUAGGUACCAGUGAAAUUAAAUGGGUGAUAAACUCAUGCUUAUCCCAAAGAGGAGGGAGGAAAGAAGAAAAAAAUACAAGGGCAAUGAUUAGGGCAAGGUCUCUGCCUCAACCUAGCAAUGUAAAAGCUAACCUAGGAUGCACAAAGACUAGUGAACCAAGUAUUUCCUAAUGAAAAGAUUUGCAAUGUAGUUGUGUGUGUGUGUGUGUGUGUGUGUGUGUGUGUGUGUGUGUGUGUGUACACUGGGGCUUGAAGAAUUGGCUCUCUGUCUCACUUGGCUUUUUCCACUCAAGGCUGGCAUUCUACCAGUCGAUCCACUCUCUUAAUUCUGGCUAUUUGCUGGUUCAUUGAAGGUAAGAGUCUCAAAGAUUUGUCUGCCUGAGUUGAGUUCAAACUGUGAUGAUUAGAUCUCAGUCUCCUUAGCAACAUCCAGCCUGAAAGGUGGUCUUGACUUCUGAAAGCUGUAAUUGGUCCAGAGCACCAUAUCCAGAGAGUAGUCACUUCCUCCUCCUCAGCCAUCUCAGUGCAGGAGCAGUGGGAAAAGAAAGAAAGCUCAGCUUCCCAGAGCUUGUAAAGGAUAAACACAAGACACUGAAGAGUUCACAUUUCACAGUCCAGACAAGAAACAUGUUCAGGCCGAUCCCCAGGCCUCACGUCUGUAAUGCCAGCCACUGGGGAGGCAAAGAUCAGGGGUCAUGAUUCAAGGGUGGCCCAGACAAAAAGCUACACAAACAAAUCCAGAUACAAUUGCACAUGCCUAUAACUCCAGCUAUGCAGGAGGCCAUACAUAGGAGGACUGCCAUUCAAGGUGACUCUAGACAAAAAGCAUGAGGCCCUAUAAUGAAAAAUAACUAAAUCUAAAAAGGUUGAGGUAGCACAAGUGGUAGAGGGCUCACGGCCCUGAAUUCAAACUGCAGUAACC